CUAACGUAUUCAGAAAGGAUUCCACAAAUCCAGUUCACGGGGUGUUGAGCUCCACGCUCCAUCGAUUCAUUUCUCAAGUGAUUGCGUUGUUAUGAAAGUCAAAUUCUUCCUUCUGCUUCAUUUAAUCGUUUCUUGAGAGCGAUGAGUUCCCAUACUUCCUCUGAAGAUUGUCUCGGUUGGGCCGCAAGAGAUCCGUCUGGAUUUCUGUCUCCUUAUAAAUUCAGUCGUAGGGUUCCUGGAGAUGAUGAUGUUUCAAUUACAAUAACACAUUGCGGAAUUUGUUAUGCAGACGUAUUAUGGACAAGAAAUAAAUUAGGAGAUUCAAAAUAUCCUUUGGUGCCUGGACAUGAGAUUGCAGGAAUUGUGAAAACUGUUGGCGCAAAUGUUCACCGAUUUAAAGUUGGAGAUCAUGUUGGGGUAGGAACUUACGUGAAUUCUUGCAGACAAUGCGAGUAUUGUGAAGAUGGUCAAGAAGUUUGUUGCACGGGUGGAUCCACUAAUACUUUUAAUGGAAUUGAUUUUGACGGUACAAUUACAAAGGGAGGAUAUUCUAACUACAUAGUUGUCCAUGAGAGAUACUGCUACAGAAUUCCUGAGAAUUAUCCUUUAGCUUCAGCUGCUCCUUUGCUUUGUGCUGGAAUUACAGUUUAUUCUCCAAUGAUUCGUCAUAAGAUGAAUCAACCUGGUAAAUCUCUAGGAGUGAUUGGUCUUGGUGGUCUCGGCCACUUGGCAGUGAAGUUCGGGAAGGCUUUUGGACUAAAUGUGACAGUUUUUAGCACUAGCAUAUCCAAGAAAGAAGAAGCCCUGAGCGUUCUUGGAGCAGACAAAUUUGUUCUCUCAUCUGAUACCGAGCAAAUGGAGGCCUUGUCUAAGUCCCUUGACUUCAUUAUCGAUGCUGCAUCUGGUGAUCAUCCAUUUGAUCCAUACAUGUCUACAUUGAAGGUUGGUGGCACUAUGGUUCUGGUUGGGUUUCCUUCUCAAGUCAAAUUCAGUCCUGCAAGCCUAAAUUUGGGUAUGAGAACUAUUUCUGGGAGCGUAACUGGAGGCACUCGAGUGACCCAAGAAAUGAUCAACUUCUGUGCUGCUCAUGGAAUCUAUCCAAACAUUGACGUGAUUCCAAUUCAAUACUCUAAUGAAGCCAUUGAAAGGGUAAUAAAAAACGAUGUCAAGUACCGAUUUGUAAUUGAUAUUCAAGGCUCCCUAAAAUGAUGUUGAGAGGCAGAGAAAAGGCGAUAAAGACUGACUUGUCAUAGAACAUCAGCAUGUUAUUUCUUCUACGUUUUUGCAUUUGUAUGUGUUAAGAAUGAUAUCUCAACAGUAUGUCAAAUAAAGAUUCGCGUUAACUCGUUUCUGUGAAGAAA